AUAAGUCAGCUCCUUCGAUGAAAUGCACGAAUCAACCAAGCAGAGACAGCUCGGUUCCCAAUACAGAUACCAUCUCCAAACAAAUCAGUGGCCCGGGCUUGUAUCUGGUCUAUGGACCCAUCGUCAAAGAUACUCUACCAGAUAAAGAGGAUCACUCGCCAUCAACAAGCCCGGCUCAUCUUAACGAGACAUCGGAGCUUGUUCCACACGAUCAAUCAGAUAAAGGCCAAUUUAACGAGGAAGUUCGUACGGAUGCGUGCAGGCCCAUCCCGAUUCCAAGUCCACAUCUUUGGAAGACAGAGAAAUCUUCGACGGACAAUGAUAAUAUGGAUGACGAUGACAUCCCGGGCCUCGUUUCCGAAGACGAGAUGCGGGCUGAUCUAUCUGAACCGAACCACGUCCCUCCGAAGCUCUUCAGAAAGGGAAAGCAGCCCGCAAGACCCCUGAAUGAUUUAUGACAAUCUACAAUCUACCCUCACCUUCUUUUCGCACCCACUUAUAGUUUACGACAGCAUCUGUUCGAGCUACAUCGCCACCGGAGCUGAUGUCUUUCCGUUUGACCGAUAAAUUCAUCAUACGAGUACUGCAUG